CGAAAGAUGCUCUCAGUCUUGCCCAGAUGCAAGAGCAGACCUUGCAGCUGGAACAGCAAACAAAACUUAAGGAGUAUGAAGCUGCUAUAGAACAACUGAAGAAUGAGCAGAUACGGGUACAAGCAGAAGAGAGACGAAAAACACUCAGUGAAGAAACGAAACAGCAUCAAGCACGAGCCCAAUACCAGGACAAAUUGGCAAGGCAGCGCUAUGAUGAACAGAUGCGACAGCAGCAACUGGCUAAUGAAGAGAAUCUGAGGAAGCAGGAAGAAUCAGUACAGAAGCAGGAAGCCAUGAGGCGUGCUACUGUCGAGCGAGAGAUGGAGCUGCGGCAUAAGAAUGAAAUGCUGCGUGUCGAGGCAGAAGCAAGAGCCCGUGCCAAGGCUGAGCGGGAGAACGCAGACAUCAUUCGGGAGCAGAUCCGCUUAAAAGCUGCUGAACAUCGCCAAACAGUGCUAGAGUCCCUCAAGACAGCUGGGAUGCUUUUUGGGGAAGGAUUCCGUGCCUUUGUAACAGACUGGGAUAAAGUUACGGCCACGGUGGCAGGCCUAACCCUGUUGGCAGUGGGUGUUUACUCUGCUAAGAAUGCCACGGCAGUAGCGGGGCGAUACAUAGAAGCACGUUUGGGCAAACCUUCCCUGGUGAGAGAAACCUCCCGCAUUACUGUGCUGGAGGCGCUGAAGCAUCCUAUCAAGGUUGGUAAGCGUCUUACCAGCAAGGCUCAGGAUGCCCUUGAAGGAGUUGUUCUCAGUCCACAGUUAGAAGCACGUGUGAGAGACAUUGCCAUAGCAACAAGAAAUACGAAAAAAAACAAAAGCCUAUACAGGAAUAUUCUGAUGUAUGGUCCCCCUGGCACUGGAAAGACGCUCUUUGCCAAGAAAUUAGCUGUGCACUCAGGCAUGGAUUAUGCCAUCAUGACUGGUGGCGAUGUUGCCCCCAUGGGGCGGGAAGGAGUUACUGCCAUGCAUAAACUCUUCGACUGGGCAAACACCAGUAGGAGAGGCCUCUUGCUAUUUGUGGAUGAAGCGGAUGCAUUUCUGCGGAAGAGGGCAACAGAGAAAAUCAGUGAAGAUCUCAGAGCAACUUUAAAUGCUCUCUUGUUUCAUACUUCCAGGUUUAUGCUUGUUUUAGCAAGCAACCAGCCUGAGCAGUUUGAUUGGGCUAUCAAUGACCGAAUAGAUGAAAUGGUGAACUUCGAUCUGCCCCAGCUAGAGGAACGGGAGAGGCUUGUGAGAAUGUAUUUUGAUAGGCAUGUCUUGAAGCCAGCCACAGAGGGUAAACAACGUUUGAAGCUGGCCCAGUUUGACUACGGGAAAAAGUGCUCAGAGAUUGCCAGGUUGACAGAGGGCAUGUCUGGCCGAGAGAUCUCUCAGCUUGCCGUAGCAUGGCAGGCUGCAGCUUAUGCGUCAGAGGACGGUGUUCUUACAGAGGCCAUGAUCGAUGCCCGGGUAGCUGAUGCUGUGCAGCAACACAAACAGAAGAUGGAGUGGCUGAAAAUGGAGGGUGCUGAAGCAAGCAAAGGGGCUGGCAGCAACCCGCUCCUGCCUUUCCCCAAAGGAACACCAGUGUGAGAAGUCUGCGGGCUUUGGACCAGCAUGUGUGGUGGAGUGGCCACAGGAGAAAGCUGG